GUGCCUGCGCCGUCCCACACUGACCUGGCAAUCUUUGUCUCGUCCGCCCCAACCUCCGCGCCAUCCAACAACGCUUACCAGGUCGAUUAAUGGCCAGCCCCCCGCAACAGUUGCCUCCAGGAUGGGCGGCGGAAUGGAAUGCCGAGCACCAGCGCUAUGUGUUCAUCGACACGACGACGGGGCAGUCGCAGUGGGAGCCUCCCGUUCCAGGUCCGGCUGUGCCAAUAGACGCGGGAGCGGGCUCACCACCUCCGACGACGCAUCACGGAAAACGUCGCCAGUAUGCGGCAGGUCAGACGCAAGCUUACUACGGUAGCGACACUCUCGGCGGCGGCGGUGGCGGCGGAUACGCCGACGCAGGAUACGGGCAAGUACCGCAACAGCAAGCCGCUGCCGCCGCUCCCCAGCUCUUCACUCCCGGCCUGGCAGCACCCGACCAGUUUGCCGCCCAACAGCAGCAGUCUAUAGCUACUCAGGGCGGCUACUACGGCGGUCAACAGCCCGAACCGGAGUACAUCAACGCGCCUGGGUAUGGCCAGCAGCCCGUGGAUCAGCUCGCGAACCAGUUCGGUCAGAUGGGGCUUCAGCAGCCGGGAAUGGCGCAGAAACCGUUCCAGCUCUACACCACCAACCUGCUUACCUCCCCACCCGACCCUCGCGAGCUUGCACGGCCCCCGCCUGAAAUCCGUCUGCCGCCCAACGCCUCCAUAUCGCCGAACCCCAACGCGAAUGCCGAUCCCUCGUAUCAACGCUGCACACUCAAUGCUAUCCCGACCACUUCUACAUUGUUGAACAAGUCGAAGCUUCCCCUGGCGCUCGUCUUGACCCCGUAUCGUUCGCUGGACCCCGGAGACGAGCCUGUCCCGGUCGUGACGGAUACUGUCAUCGCGCGUUGCCGUCGGUGUAGGGCCUACAUCAAUCCCUACGUGACUUUCAUCGAUGGUGGCAACAGGUGGCGAUGCUGCAUGUGCUCCAUGUCCAACGAGCUUCCCCAACUGUUCGACUGGGAUGCUGUGCGCAAUCAGCCGGGAGACCGGUGGGCGCGCGCCGAGCUUAACAACUCCGUCGUCGAAUACGUCGCACCGACGGAGUACAUGGUCCGACCACCUCAGCCCGCUGUCUACGUCUUCCUGAUCGACGUCAGCCAUGCCGCCAUUCAGUCCGGUAUGGUCGCCACAGCUACCAGAACCAUCCUUGAGAACCUCGAUCGUUUACCGAACGAGGACAACCGAACGAAAGUAGCCGUCAUCGCUUUCGACGUCUCACUGUACUUCUUCUCCAUGCCCCCCGGCACUACUGACCCCACCAUGCUCGUCGUUUCGGACAUCGACGAUGUGUUCCUGCCGAAACCGACCGAUCUCCUUGUUAACCUCACGGAAGCUCGCGCAUCCCUUGAGGUGCUCUUGGGUCGCCUCAGCGAUAUGUUCGCGGAUAACCACACCAUCGGCAGUGCUCUCGGCCCUGCCCUCCAGGCUGGGUUCAAGGUCAUGUCUCCCAUUGGUGGCAAGAUCAUGGUUAUGUCAUCUAGCUUGCCUAGCAUUGGUGCCGGCGCCCUUAAAAACCGUGAAGAUCCUAAGAUCCUCGGUACUUCAAAGGAAUCCGGUCUUCUUCAAGCUGCUUCGCCGUUCUACAAGACCUUCGCGAUUGAGUGCUCGCGUGCUCUGGUCUCGGUCGACAUGUUCCUCUUCAGCGCGUCGUACCAGGACGUUGCUUCUCUGGCGUGCCUACCUCACUACACUUCGGGCCAGACAUACUUCUAUCCCGCGUUCAAUGCCGCGCGGACUGAGGAUGCCAUCAAAUUUGCUCACGAGUUCGGCGAGGUGCUUGCGAUGCCCAUAAUGUUGGAGUGUAUUAUGCGUGUCCGUGCGUCGAGAGGGCUUCGUAUGUCAUCCUUCCAUGGCAAUUUCUUCGUCAGGUCUACCGAUCUGUUGUCUAUGCCGGCGGUGCCCCAGGACACGUCGUAUGCCAUCGAGUUGCAGAUCGAGGAGACCAUCACCUCGCCGUUCGUUGUCUUCCAGACAGCCCUUCUGCACACCACUUGCUACGGCGAACGUCGUAUUCGGGUCGUGACGCAUGCUCUGCCGACAACCAGCAACAUGUCCGAGAUUUUCGCGUCCGCGGAUCAAAUCGCGCUCGCCACGCUCCUUGCCAACAAGGCCGUUGAACGCUCGCUCACACACAAACUCGAGGACGCCCGCGAUGCGCUCUUCCAGAAGAUGGUCGACAUCCUCAUCUCGUACAAGAGCAGCAUGACUGCCGCCGGCGCGGGUGCCAGUGCGCAGCUCGCCAUCGCCGACAACAUGAAGAUGCUGCCGGUCUUGGUGCUCGGUCUCCUGAAGAACGUUGGAGUCCGUCAGAGCGCGCAGAUUCCGCCCGAUCUCAGGGCGUACGCUCAGGCGUUGCUCACGAGCUUGCCAUCACAGCUCCUCAUCCCAUACAUAUACCCCAACUUUUACUCGUUGCACAAUAUGCCCCCUGAGGCCGGAACUGUGGGCGAGCACGGCGUCAUCCUCCCACCCCCACUUCCGCUUACUUCCGAGCGGCUUGAGAGGCACGGUCUGUUCCUAAUCGAAGAUGGCCAGAACAUCUUCCUCUGGGUUGGACGCGAUGCCGUUCCGCAGCUCAUCAUGGACGUAUUCAACCUACCAAGUUACGAAGUGCUCCGUGGCGGCAAGACUACUCUACCCCUUCUCGACAACCCCUUCUCGCAGAGGGUCAACGCCGUCAUCCAAAAGACGCGGGAAAUGCGGCGCGGGGUGUACUACCCCCAUCUUUACGUGGUCAAGGAGGACGGCGAGCCCCCGCUCCGCCUCUGGGCGCUAAGCUGCCUCGUUCAAGAUCGCGCGGACGUACUCCCGAGCUACCAGCAGUUCAUUACGCAGCUCAAAGACAAGGUCAACGGUGCUGGCAAUUACUGAGCUCAAAGGUGGAGAUGUGAUUGGGGAAAAAUAAGAUAUAGAAAUGCGACCCUUCUGUGUGCAUCUGUGUUAAAAAUGCGCUCCUCGGUUUUUUGUCUCCUAUUUACAUGCCUGUGGAAGUUGUAUUUGGACAACGGAAAUGAAUAGGGAGGGCGCAAGCUUCGC